AUGGAAUGGCGCCGCCUCUUCCUCCCUCGCCACCACUCCCUCUCCUCCGGCGCCCAGGCCAGCGCUGCUGUCGUCGCCGGCGAGAUCUCUGCCCUCCUCACCGCCCGAAGUUUGCGGGAUUCCGUUAACUGGGCGGAGCAGUUCAUACGCUCCAAUGCCGUCGGGGCGUCCGGCGUCCCCGAGAUGUACCGCUCGUUGGCCGCCGCAGGCCCACGUGGGCAGCGCCUUUACCUCAGCGGCGCGGCGUUCGCGCUGGUCGAGGCAUCCGCGCGCGCGGACCUACCCGACGGCGCGCUGCUGCUGAUCGACCUCCUCAUCCGCACGCCCAAGUUGCCGCGGCCGUCGGCGACCUCCUGCGGCCACCUCAUGGCGAAGCUCCUCUCCCUCAGACGCCGCGCGGAUGCGCGCCGCGUGUUCGAGACCCUCGCCGAUCGCCAGCGCAGCAGGGAGAUCACCGCGGUUUGGAGAUCCGGGAGAGCGGCCGACGCCGUCAAGGUGUUCGGCGAAACGGUGGACACGGCCGCAGCGCCAAAACAUUCCAGGUACCGGUACCUUACCAUGAAUAUGAUGAAUGACUGCCUGAAGAAGGGAGAUCUGGAGGCUGCUUCAGAGCUGCGAACCUGGAUGGUGCAGGCGGGCUUGAAGCACACGGGCCACGAUGGCAUGGCACCUCCCAAUGCUCACUCCUACAACCUGGUACUCGCUGGGCUCUGGAAGGCCAGUAGGGGCGACGACGCUGUCAAGAUGUUCGGCAAGAUGGCAGACAUGUUCCUGGCGCCAAAUAAUUUCACAUAUACUGUCAUGAUCAAUGGCCACUUGAAGAGGCUGAGUCAUGUUCUGGCCUCGAAGAAGAACGAGAGUGGGGAUCUGGAGGCUGCGCUCCAGCUGCGGGCUCAGAUGGUGCAGGAUGGCUUCAAGCCAGAUGAAUACACCUACCAUUCACUGAUGGCAGAACUCUGCUUGGCUGAACGGCUGGGAGACGUUACAGCUCUGUUCCAUGAGAUGCGGAUGCACGGGACGACACUACACAAGAUCGUUCAUGGCAGCCUGUUUGAGUUCCUCUUCAGAAUCAACGAAGAUCAGCUACUGGGCAUCAUUGAAAAAUCUGCAAAGGACGGUGUUGCUGCAAAGGAUAAUGGUUGUGUUACCUUGUUGAAGGAGCUUUGCAGGAUUCAGAAAGUUUCACUCGCAGAGAAGGUGCUGCAGACAUUUGCGAAAACAGGGUUGGUACCAACAACGGAGAUGUACAACAUUGUCAUUGACGGGUAUUGCAAGAUCAAUGAGCUCCAAGGGGCAUUCUCGUUGUGUCGCCAGAUGGAAUCACAUGGUCAGGUUGUACCUAAUGAAGCCACCUACGAUGCACUGCUGCUGGCCGUGCGCAACAGCACGAGAAUCAUGUAUUGGGAGGACGUGGUGGAGUUGUUUGAGAAAAAUGGAGUUAGUACUGAUGCGCUGAACUCCGGCAGUUCUGCUACAUACGGAUUCAAGUAUAGGAAUAGUCUAGUACCUAGAAUGUUUAACAAACUGGUGAGCAAGCUAUUUUAG